UGCGAGUUGCUUUUCGGUUGUCAAACGAGUGUAAACGUUUUAAUUGUGGUGUGUGAAAAAAAAGCGUUUGCCCCACGUUCACGAAUAAAAAUAUUCUAUUUCUGUAGCAAAUAACACAAUUUAAAGAAAAAUGUCUAUUGGUGUACCAAUAAAAGUGCUGCAUGAGGCAGAGGGGCAUAUUAUCACGUGUGAAACAAUAACCGGUGAAGUGUACCGAGGCAAACUCAUCGAGGCGGAGGACAACAUGAACUGCCAAAUGACACAAAUCACAGUCACAUAUCGUGAUGGACGUACUGCAAACUUGGAAAAUGUAUACAUACGCGGCUCUAAAAUCCGUUUUCUAAUCCUGCCGGACAUGCUGAAGAACGCGCCAAUGUUUAAAAAGCAAACGGGUAAAGGGUUAGGCGGAACGGCUGGGCGAGGAAAAGCGGCGAUACUACGCGCGCAAGCUCGAGGAAGGGGACGAGGCGGACCAGGUGGUGGUGGUAGAGGUGGGCCUCCAACAGGCGCGCCAGGUGGUGGCCGAGGAGCUUGGCAAGGAGGACCGACGGGUGGACGUGGUCGUGGUGGUCUUUAAGCAAUUAGUAUUUUAAUUCCUAUAAAUUAAGUUUGGAUUACAAUGAAGUAAAGGCGUUAUUUGAAUAAAAAACAACAUCAGCUGAAA